CAGCAGGCGGCUCCGCCUCUGCUGCACGGACCGGCGGGGCUGCGGCGAGCGUGAAUCACAGCAGCACUUGUCGAAACUCUUCUUUGCUCUGUGUAGGAUUGUGGAAAACCUAGAUUCCCAAAAUGAAUAAAGAUGCGCAGAUGAGAGCAACCAUUAACCAAAAGCUAAUAGAAACAGGAGAGCGAGAACGCCUUAAAGAGUUGCUGAGAGCCAAGUUAAUUGAAUGUGGCUGGAAGGAUCAGCUGAAGGCACAUUGCAAAGAUGUCAUUAAAGAAAAAGGAUUAGAGCAUGUUACUGUUGAUGAUUUGGUGGCAGAAAUCACUCCCAAAGGCAGAGCUUUGGUACCAGACAGUGUAAAGAAAGAACUCUUGCAAAGAAUAAGAACCUUCCUUGCUCAGCAUGCCAGUCUUUAACUUUGACAUUUAUCCGGGAUACAGUUUCCUGUAUUACAUCAAUCAUGUCAGGAUUGGAAUCAAGUUUACAUACUUAAGGAUGAAAAAUCAUUAAAUUUUCUUCGCACUGCAUCGAUUGCUUAAAUUUGGUGUUAUUUUAAUAAAAAAUGUUGUGGA